AUGUCUGCAGACUUGGAGAAGAAUGCUGGCUCGUUUGGAGAUGACUAUAGAGGUGUAGCCAUUGAAAAGAAAGCGACAACUGUUUCUGACAAAUCACGUCAAUAUGUAGGGGAUGAAGAUCUUGAUGAGUAUCAAGUUUUGGAGAAUGAUUCCAGCAAUGAAGAUGGUGAUCCUUCUGGUGGUGUCAAGAGGCAAUUAAAGGCCAGACAAAUUUCUAUGAUAGCCAUUGGUGGUACCAUCGGUACGGGAUUAUUUAUUUCAACAGGAAGUACACUUAGUGAUGCAGGUCCAGUUCUUUCCUUGAUUUCAUUCUUAUUCAUGACAACACUUGCUUUCGGAGUUACUCAAUCAUUAGGUGAAAUGGCAACUUAUAUUCCAGCUCCAGGUUCUUUUACUCAAUUUGUAGCAAGAUGGUGCUCACCUGCUCUUGGUGCUGCAAAUGGGUGGAACUAUUGGUUUUCUUGGGCAAUUACCUUUGCCUUAGAAUUAUCGGUUGUAGGUCAAAUUAUUGAAUAUUGGACUCUCGCUGUGCCACUCGAAGCUUGGAUCGCUAUAUUUUUUGUUAUCCUUACAGCUGCAAAUCUUUUCCCAGUUAAGUUUUAUGGUGAAGUCGAAUUUUGGGUUGCUUCUUUAAAGGUUAUUGCGGUAGUAGGAUGGUUGAUUUAUGCUUUCAUUAUGGUCGUCGGUGGAGGAGCUACUGGACCUGUAGGUUUCAGAUAUUGGAGAAAUCCUGGUCCUUGGGGCCCUGGUAUAUUGGUUCACAAUAAAAAUACAGCGAGAUUCUUGGGCUGGUUAAGUUCUUUAAUUAAUGCCGCAUUUACUUUCCAAGGCUGUGAGUUAGUUGGAUUAUCAUGUGGUGAGUCUAAAAAUCCUAGAAAAACAGUUCCUUCUGCAAUUAGAAAAGUCUUAUUCAGAAUAUUAGUAUUCUACGUGUUAUGCAUGUUCUUCAUUGGUUUAUUAGUACCAUACAAUGAUAAAAAAUUGAUGUCGGAUACUCAAUAUGUUGCAUCGUCGCCUUUUAUUAUCGCAAUGCAAAACUCGGGAACUCGAAUUCUUCCAAGCAUUUUCAAUGCUGUGAUAUUGAUAACAAUUAUUUCGGCGGGAAAUUCUAACAUUUAUUGUGGAUCACGUGUGCUUUUUGCUUUAGCUCAAGCCAAGGUUGCACCUAAAAUAUUUCUUAGGACUACAAAGCAUGGGGUUCCUUAUGUUUCGGUACUUUUCACGGCUGUUUUUGGUUUGCUUGGAUAUUUGGCUACGAGUAAUCAAGGGAAUAAAGCAUUUACAUGGCUUUUAAACAUAACUGCUGUCAGUGGUCUUAUAGCUUGGGGUUGGAUUUCAUUUACUCAUAUCCGUUUCAUGCACAUUUUAAAAUAUCGCAACAUUAGUCGGAGCUCAUUACCUUUCAAAGCAAAAUUCAUGCCUUACGGUGCUUAUUAUUGUGCCAUAACGGUUUUCAUUCUUGUGUUCAUUCAAGGAUUUUCAGCAUUUUUCAGUAUUACCGCAGCAAGUUUUUUCACUGCUUAUAUUUCAGUUAUUGUGUUCGUCUUCUCCUUUAUCUUCUUCCAUUUCUAUUUCAAUGGCUUUGGUAAGAAGGCAUUUACCUGGAGUAGCUUUAUGGUCCCGAUCGCUGAUUGUGAUAUUGAUACUGGUGUGAGAAUUAUCGAAGAAGAUGACUGGGAUGAAACUCCAAAAAAUUUGUGGGAAAAGUUCUGGAAUAUCAUCAAUUAA